UUUAUUCAGCCAGUAAAAGCUGGGAAUAUUUCCAGAUCAUUCCCAGUCGUCUCCCUGGAGCCGAAAGUGACUUCCAGACGCGGGACGUCCAUCGUGGGAGACAUUUUGGACAGAAAGACAGCGGUCAUCUUAAUCAGGCCUAACAGGAGCUCAGUAUUAACUCUGGUUUCCUCUCAUCAAAACGAUUCUAACAGAUCUGGGAGCAAAUGUACAGAUUUGAACCUUCAUGGACAGAACAGCUGUUUCUUUGGGUCAUUUUGGAUUUUUAAUUUCACGUUGAUUUAAGAUGCACAGUCCUCGUAUUUAUUGAGUCCAGGAAAAACGAGCGGAACUUUUCUCACUUCAUCCUGAAGGACAGGCUUGGUUGUCAGGCCCCUUCUGUCCCAUUCAGACAUUAAUACAUGGAAAAUAACUUCACCUUUCAGUAAAUACAUUUAAAUGUUUAAAGAUGUAAGCAGGAUUUUUUUUAAAACAGUGAACAUGCAAAAACAUUACAAAGCAGAAAACAUCAAAAUAUAAGUAACUGAAUAAAUAUUUUCCAACAUGAUUAUAAUUUUAGUCUGGUAAAAGAAACGUUGCUCCUGGAUUAUAAGUAAAUUAUAUUUUCACGUUUUAAAAUAAAGCAGCCUGAUAAUUGCAACCACUUUGCAUAAUCUUAAAAUGUUGCACGUUUUAUAACUAAUUUAAAAAAACAUUUUUUCCUCUUGUUGGUUUAUUUAACUGCUGCAGAGUCAAACAACCUUCAUGUUUGUGGAUGGAGAUAACGAGCUCUGCAGCUUCCUCCGACUCAUCCUUCCUCAAGUGGGUUGAGCUCAGAUUUCCUACAGUCCGCGAAGGCGCCACCGAGCUCAUUCAUUGUUGAACGAAGCGGACGGACUGGAGACGCCGAACCGCACCGAGCAGCUGCUAGAAGAACCCAAAAGACCCGGUUUCCCCGCUAGAUGCUGACUGACCAGAUGGCGGCAGCCAUCUUGGCUGCGACGCUCUGCUUCGCUGCCAGCUGCGUUUGGGCGGCGGCGGACUGCUCGCCGUCCCCCACCGAGGCCUCCGGCGGCGCCCGGCUCCUGACCGCGGUGGUGGACGCUCAGAGGGCCGAGCGGGCCCGAAGGCAACACCUGGAGGCGCUGUUCCACAGAUACGGAGAGAACGGCUCCAUCUCUCUGGACGGCCUGAAGCGUCUGCUGCAGAGCGUCGGCCUCGACCGGAUCCGGAACGUCAUGGUGAAGCACCGGGAGCAAGCCGGCCACCACCAUGACCACCACCACCACCAUCAUCAUCAUCACAGACACCCGGCCGCCGACCAGAACAGAACCGAGGACCUGCAGCAAACCCCGCCCACUGUGUCUGCGGCGCCGGGUCGGGGCGGCAGAACCGCCGACGGCGCCGGGUUGUUGGUGAAAACCCAGAAGAGAAGCUUGGCUGGAGAAGGAGCGGUCGCCACGGCGACGGCGGCUAAAAGCGAGCCAGUGGAGCAUCGUGAUGAACUGGACCAGGAUCAUCUGGAGGAGGAAGAGUGCCUGAACGCCUCGGCUCUCCUCCUCUCACACGGCAUGUCCCAGGAAGGAGGCGUCGCCCUGGGAGACUUCUCCUUCCUGUGCCCCGCCCUCCUGCACCAGAUCGACAGCGGGGCGUGUCUCCUCCACGGCGACGCCUCCCGACACCAAGACACGGGACAUAAACACCACAGACAUUCACACGGUCACCAUGGAAACCACGACCACAGCCACGCCACCCAUAACCACAGCGAGCCCAGCGGCGGGGAAAACGGCAAACACAUCGCAACAGCCUGGGUCGGCGGCUUCGUCUCCAUCACCAUCAUCAGCGCGCUGUCCCUGGUGGGCGUCCUCCUCAUCCCGCUCAUGAGCAGAGUCUUCUUCAAGUUCCUGCUCAGCUUCCUGGUGGCGCUGGCCGUGGGAACGCUGAGCGGCGACGCCUUCCUGCACCUCAUUCCACACUCCCACGGGAACCACGACCACUACAACCACCUGGACGACCACAACGACCUUCACCCCGACAACGAGGAGGAGAACAUGGACGGCGUGUGGAAGGGCCUGACGGCUCUGGGCGGAGUCUACGUCAUGUUCCUGAUCGAACACUUCCUGACGCUGGGAAAAAUGUACAAAGACAAGAAGCAGAAGGUCCAGAAGAAGUGGGACCAGACGGACAAAUCGGACCCGGAGAAGCAGCCGUCUCUGGGGGAGAGCGAGCUGAAGCCAAGCGAAGACGCGGAGCCGAACGGCGCCGGUGCGUUCGGCGAGCUCCCCGGCGGCGUGACGGAGGAGGAGCAGGUGAUGCUGACGCCGCAGGUUUCCGUGGUAACGCAGCAGACGUACGGCCGGCCCGCGGGGGACGGCGGCGGCUCCGGAUACUCGGCCGAGGACUGCGAGAACAAAUGCCACUCCCACUUCCACGACACGGUGGGCCAGGCGGACAGCCUGCACCACCAUCACCAUGACUACCACCACAUCCUGCACCACCACCACUCCCAGAACCACCACCCCCACAGCCACUCCCAAUCCUACUCCGAGGAGCACUUCCAGCAGGCCGGCAUCGCCUCGCUGGCCUGGAUGGUCAUCAUGGGCGACGGCCUGCACAACUUCAGCGACGGCCUCGCCAUCGGAGCCGCCUUCAGCGAGAGUCUGUCCAGCGGACUGAGCACAUCGGUGGCCGUUUUCUGCCACGAGCUGCCGCACGAGCUGGGUGACUUUGCGGUGCUGCUGAAGGCGGGCAUGACGGUUCGCCAGGCCAUCCUCUACAACGUUCUGUCGGCCAUGACGGCGUACGUCGGCUUGGUGACGGGCAUUCUGGUUGGCCACUACGCUGAAAACGUUUCCACCUGGAUCUUCGCCCUGACGGCCGGACUCUUCCUGUACGUGGCGCUGGUGGACAUGGUGCCGGAGAUGCUGCACAACGACGCCGGCGACCACGGCUUCAGCCACUGGGGCUUCUUCCUGCUGCAGAACGCCGGCAUCCUGCUGGGCUUCUGCAUCAUGCUGCUCAUCGCGCUGUUCGAGCACAAGAUCCGGCUGGACCUGGGGUACUGACCCGCACCGCACUGCAUGCUGGGAGGGAACCUGGAGGGAGCCUGGAGGAAGCCUGGAGGGAACCUGGAGGGAACCUGGAGGGAGCCUGGAGGGAGCCUGGAGCCGCUCAGCCGGGUUCACAGGUGGAAACUGUCUGGAGUUUCUUUCACUGUGAACAUUAAUUUUCUCUCUGAACUUCAUCUGUUGGGUCAAUUAGUUUAGUUUUUAUAUAAUUUUCCUGUUUUUCUCAGUGAAACCUGAUCAAUGUUACAAAGCUGAACUUUCCAAACCUCAGUUAGUUCCUCUUAAAGCUGUGACUCUGCAUAAAAGCUGACAGGAAGCAGAAGGUGGUUCAUGUUGAGUCUGGUGUUACUUUUGUUUCUUUUUUAAACUAAAGCUGGUUCUGUUCAUUCAUUCUUCUGCAGUUUGUUGUUCAUGUUGAAUCUGUUUCUCGUCACUCCGUCUGGAAUAAAAAUUAAAUUUCUCCAAACAGGAAAUAAACCCUGAAAUAAAAAUGAUUUAAAGAGACAGAAGCACCACCAGGCGGUGCGUUCAGGAGCUGAAGGAGUUUUUAGACUCCACACGUUUUCCUCUAAUUCAUCUGUUGCUGCUUUUAAAGCUGUUUUAUUAAAUAAUUCCUGAAACGUUUGGACUGAACCGGAGAGAAAACGGAUCCAGUUACAGGAAAAGUCCUGAACCAGAGCUGUUGAAAUGCUUUUAUUUUGAAGGAAAGACGCUGAUUUGGGUUUAAAUCUUCAGGUUCUGGUUCCUGUUGGUUGAAUUAUUCGGUGAAAGUUUGAAGCCAGUUUGUUUCUGUUGUAUAUUUUAUUGUUUUGGUUAAUAAAAUGAAGAUGGUUGUUGGUUAUGAAUCGAUCAUUAAAGCUGAGAUUUCUCUCCGUUUCCCAAACAGCCAAACUGAAUUUUCAUCCAAUCAGCAUCAAACUGUUUUAUUAUGAAGCUAAAAUAAGCCUCAUGUUUGCUCUGCUCUCAUUGGACCAUUUUUCUGCUUCAAGCAUCAAAGAAAAACAUCUUUUAUUUAUUUUAUUUGUAUUUUAAUGCACAAACCUACAUUAUAUUCCUCUGUUUGCGCAGAUAAAAGUUGUAAAAAUGUUGUUCAUCAGACUUCAGGCCGGAUGAGAAUCUGUUGUUUCUAUGGUUACAGGUUGAAGAUGGCAGCUGAUGGAAAACAGGUUUUAAUUCUCUUCUGUUCAGGAUGAAGAGCAGCAGAAACUGAUUCCUCUGAAGUUCAAAGUUUCCUCUGGAUCCAACAUGUGCAGAAAAUGUUAAACUGUAAAUAUUUAUGUUUCUGAUGUUUGUGUAAACAGUCUGCAUUAUGUUUCACUGACACAAACCUGCUGCAGAAACAUGGAGAAACAAUUAAAGGUUUGGGAAACGAGAGAAAAAUAAAAUCCAUCAAAGAUGAAA